UCCUGCCCCUCAUCCUGGUCGCAAAAGGUCACCUUUGCCCUUCCCCUUCCUCGACGCCUCUCCUCCCCGGGUUUUCUCCUCAUCGCCAACCAUCCAUCCGCCUACCAUCUCCCCCUCCCCCUCGCCCUUCCCCAUCUCACCGCUUCCUCCGCUCUUCAGCCGCCAAGAUGAUCAUCUUCAGGGACGCUCUUAUCGAUGGGAAGGACGAGCUCCUGUCCGAUUCCUACGAUGUCAAGGAGAUCGAUGGCAUCAUCUACGAGGCCGACUGUGCCAUGAUUGAGAUCGGCGCCGUCGAUGUCGACACCGGUGCCAACGCCUCCGCCGAGGAGGCCGAUGAGGGCCUCGAAGACUCGGCCCAGAAGGUCAACAACAUCCUCCACUCCUUCCGUCUCCAACCCACCAGCUUCGACAAGUCGUCGUAUUUGACGUACCUCAAGGGCUACCUAAAGCGCGUCUCGAAGCACUACGCCGAAAAGCCCGGCGUCACCGAGGAGGACGUCAAGAGCUUCCAGACCAAGGCCCAGGCCUACGCGAAGAAGAUCGUAGCCAACUUCAAGGACUACGAGUUCUACACCGGCGAGAGCAUGGAGGUCGACGGAAUGGUCGUCCUCCUCAACUACCGCGAAGACGGCGUCACGCCCUAUGUCGUCCUCUGGAAGCACGGUCUCGAGGAGAUGAAGGUGUAAAUUUAUGUCCACCGCCGAUGGGGCCAUGUCGCAUAUAGAGCGAGACGCAGAGUUAUCGGCGAGGUAUUGCGGGGUGUACAGACCACACACAGACGCAUCCGAAUUAUACUAUCCAGACGAUUUGACGCUUUACUUUCUUCUAUAUCUAUCAACCGCAGGAUCCCCGGCCGAAUCCGGAGAUUUCUUGCCCGUCUUUUUCUUUUCUUACCACGAAUGCCAUAGCAACCUCUCUCGCACUGCCCA